AUGGAAUUGCCCUCCGACUUCUUCGACUACGUCGGCAGCGCCCUCGUGCAAUACCUUAUCCUGGCCAUUGUCCUGAUUGCCACCCCUAAACGGUCUUUUUGGCGCUAUGUCGCCAUACUAUGCAUGGUCUUCAUCGCUAGCCGCUUCGUUCAGCCCUACGAAAAUGCCACUGCUAGCAGGCCGAUCACCUCCCACUUCCUGGUCGGCGCCGUGCUCGCCGCCAUCAACAUGCUGCUCCUCAAACCGCUAGAUGCCGGGGAUCUCGCUCGGGAACAGCCACAGAAGCUCUUCUUGUCCGACCGCCUCUGGUAUGCCAUCGAACAGGUCUGUUCUCCCCGGGCUGUUAAUACUCCGCGCCAGGUUAAGAACGUGCCGGCACACCUGGACUAUUACACACGUCGCGGACCGCGCAUCUCCCGCGUCCGCUUCCUAAUCCGCCAGACCGUUAUCUUCAUGUGGCAGUACCUGGUCCUUAGUAUUUUCCAGGCCCUGGCGCGUGCGAAUGCGGCCACGCAGGCGCCGUCGCUAGAUACACGCCUCGCGCGGCCAGAACUGUUCCCACCGCUGGAGAAAAUGGCGGAGCGCGUCGUCCCUAAUCUAAUCAGCUGGUUCCUGAUGGUCCGUAUCCUGAUUGAUGCGCACUACCGUUUUGGCUCCAUCGUCUGCGUUGCUCUAGCCCUGUCGAGACCUGAGGAUUGGCCACCGGCGUUUGGGCGUAUGGCGGAUGCGUAUACGCUCCGGAACUUCUGGGGUAAAUUCUGGCAUCAAUUCGUGCGCGACCCCUUCACGACGCCUAGCAACUUUAUUGCGCGUGAUGUUCUCCAUCUACCGCGGCCGUCUAUUUUGGAGCGCUACACGAACGUCUUCCUCGUGUUCUUGAUCUCUGGGAUCACGCACGUGGUCAGCGACCACAUACAGGGCGUGCCACUAGAGAAAACUGGUUCCAUGCACUUCUUCCUCUCCUUUGUACUAGGCUACAUGAUUGAGGAUGGCGUGCAAUAUAUCUGGAAGAACAGUCGUUCGUCUGGCAACACCAAUGGCAGUGCUAAUGCCAAUGCGAAGUCGUCGGAUGCCCCCGAAGCCGUAACGCCGCUUUGGCAGAAGGUUGUUGGAUUUGUCUGGGUUCUGGCGUGGUUGGCGGUGACGUCGACGUGGUUUCUGGAACCAAUUGAGCAGCUACCGAAGGAGACGACGCUUGUGCCGCUCUGGAACCCGACCGACUAUCUAGACCUCAAGCCUCUGGCUGUGAUUGCCGUUGCCGGGGGUGCUAUUAUGGGUAUUGCGUUUGAGGCUGAGAUUUGA